AACAGUGGGUUAACUGCCUUGUUCAGGGGAACAGUGGGUUAACUGCCUUGUUCAGGGGAAGAGUCGGUUAACUGCCUUGUUCAGGGGAAGAGUGGGUUAACUGCCUUGUUCAGGGGAACAGUGGGUUAACUGCCUUUUUCAGGGGAACAGUGGGUUAACUGCCUUGUUCAGGGGAACAGUGGGUUAACUGCCUUGCUCAGGGGAACAGUGGGUUAACUGCCUUGUUCAGGGGAACAGUGGGUUAAAUGCCUUGUUCAGGGGAACAGUGGGUUAACUGCCUUGUUCAGGGGAACAGUGGGUUAACUGCCUUGUUCAGGGGAAGAGUGGGUUAAAUGCCUUGUUCAGGGGAACAGUGGGUUAACUGCCUUGUUCAGGGGAACAGUGGGUUAACUGCCUUGUUCAGGGGAAGAGUCGGUUAACUGCCUUGUUCAGGGGAAGAGUGGGUUAACUGCCUUGUUCAGGGGAACAGUGGGUUAACUGCCUUGUUCAGGGGGACAGUGGGUUAACUGCCUUGUUCAGGGGAACAGUGGGUUAACUGCCUUGUUCAGGGGAACAACGACAGAUUCUUACCUUGUCAGCUCGGGGAUUCGAUCUAGCAACCUUUUGGGUUACUGACCCAACACUCUAACCACUAGGCUACCUACCGCCCCCUGAUGACUGUGUGGAUGGAGUCAAUUCAGGAAGUAAACGGAAAUUCCAAUCUCAAUUUCGAUCAGAACAAUUUGGAAUUUUAAUAUUCAGUUGACUUCCUGAAUUGAAAUGAAUUGAAAUGGAAUUGAUCCCAACACUGGUGUGUGGCGAGCUGAGUGAAUGGUUGUCACGUUCGUCGUAUUGAGGAGACCAAGGCGCAACGUGAUUGGAAAACAUUCUUCUUUAAUUAAACGAAGAACACUUAAACAAACUAACAAAACGUGACGCUAAAUAAAACGAGUGCUGAAACAGGCAACUCCCCAUAGACAAGAACCCACCAAACCAAAAUGGCAACCUAAAUAGGAUCCCCAAUCAGAGACAACGAGAAACAGCUGUCUCUGAUUGGGAACCAAUUCAGGCCACCAUAGACCUACAAUAUACCUAGACUAACAAACAGCCCCAGACAUACAAAAACCCUAGAUCUACAACAACCCUAGACAAGACAAACAAGCAUACCCACCCUCGUCACACCCUGACCUGACCAAAAUAAUACAUAACACAUAGAUAACUAAGGUUAGGGCUUGACAAUGGUAAACAAACCAUCUCAUCCAUCAACUACUCCACAUUGUACUGUGUUUCCCAUAUGGAUUAUACUAGCUAGCUAGAUAUAUGUAUGUAACUACACGGGAUUACAUUGAUAUAUGAUGUCCGUUCAUUACAUUUGAUUUCGUUAGCCAUGUCUGGAAUUAAAAUGUCCGUUAUUGUAUUUUAUCCGUUAGAUUAGCGGCACUAAUUUAACAAUUUGCUUAAUGAAUUGCUGCUGAAUAUCAAGAAAAUAGGAUUGUGUAGUAACAUAGGAUAAUAUUGACUGCUUGCCCCUGUCGUUUACACGUUUAUAGUUGUGUAAUUAUUUAUCCAAGGCUGGGUGCUCACACGGCAUGGCCCCUCCCCUCCCAUGCACACAUAUAAACAAGCCCAAACCCAGCCCAGCCUUGUCCUCUCCUGUCCUGCACUGCCCUGCCCAGCCUUGUCCUCUCCUCUCCUGUCCUGCCCUGCCCUGCCUUGUCCUCUCUUCUCCUGCACUGCCCUGCCCAGCCUUGUCCUCUCCUCUCCUGCACUGCCCUGCCCUGCCUUGUCCUCUCCUGCACUGCCCUGCCCAGCCUUGUCCUCUCCUCUCCUGCACUGCCCUGCCCUGCCUUGUCCUCUCCUCUCCUGCACUGCCCUGCCCUGCCUUGUCCUCUCCUGCACUGCCCUGCCCAGCCUUGUCCUCUCCUGUCCUGCACUGCCCUGCCCAGCCUUGUCCUCUCCUCUCCUGCACUGCCCUGCCCUGUCUUGUCCUCUCCUGCACUGCCCUGCCCUGUCUUGUCCUCUCCUCUCCUGCACUGCCCUGCCCUGUCUUGUCCUCUCCUCUCCUGCACUGCCCUGCCCAGCCAUAUCCUGUCCAGCCCAGCCUUGUCCUCUCCUGCCCAGCCCAGCCUUGUCCUCUCCUGUCCUACCCUGCCCAGCCCAGCCUUGUCCUCUCCUGUCCUGCACUGCCCUGCCCAGCCUUGUCCUCUCCUGUCCUGCCCAGCCCAGCCCAGCCAUAUCCUGUCCUGCCAUGUCCUCUCAUAGCCAGCCCAGCCCUGUCCUGCUGGUUCCAUCCUUCUAUCUGCCUUUCUCUGCAUAUCAGGAAGUCAGGGUGUUUACAUCCUAAAUGGCACCCUAUCCCCUAUGUAGUGCACUCCUUUCCCCCAGGACCCUGGUCUAAAGUAGUGCACUAUAUAAGGGAAUAGGGUGAAAUACAGGAUUCAUACUCCUUAGUCUCUCAACCCUGCCUCCUACUCUCCCAGAAUCCUCCCUGGUUGCCAUUACUUAGGAUGUCUAGUUUGAUGGAUUAAUUCAACUGUACGCUACGCUAGAGAAUAGCAGAGUGGACAAGAAGGGGAUAAAAUCCCAGUUUAAUCUACUGAUCCAAAACCAUUCCUGUCCCUGCUGUUAUAAAGAGGAGCUGACCGGUAGCUGCUCUGCCCUUUUCCGUAACAAACUCUGUUAUAAAUGAAUUGAUCGAGGCUUUUUUUUUUUACCCGUUCCUCUGGAGCCGGUCCAAGACACAGGCUGUCUGGCACAUUAGGCACCACCCCCUUGCAAGUUUGAAAUGUGAGCUGCCUAGCCUGCUUGUCUGUUUGUGUUUCUUCUUCGUCCCUGCCCUCUCCUAUCUGGCUGUGUGGCUGUGUCUGUGUGAUGUGUUUAUUGGGAGGGCAAGCAAUGGCUCAGUAGACAGAGAGGAUACAUCUAUAACAGCUACAGCUGCAGGAAAAUACAACAGAGCCUUGUUGUCGUCUUGGUGUGAGGAGCUGGGUCGUCUCCUCCUCCUCCGUCAUCAGAAGAACAGACAGAACGAACCGCCCCAGGGGAAGGUUCCUAUGCAGCUCACCAUGCACUCCAUGAAGCCCAGCCUGUCACACAGUGAUGGGUCUUUUCCCUACGACUCAGUACCAUGGCAACAGAACACCAACCAGCCGCCGGGUUCUCUCUCCGUGGUAACGACCGUCUGGGGUGUUGCCAACACCUCGCAGAGUCAGGUGUUGGCGAACCACAUGGCUAAUAGCGGUAACCCCAUGAACCCUGGUGGUAACCCCAUGGGUCAGGGGGGUAUGUCUGGGAACAACCAGGGGAUGAACUCCCCCCAGUACCCAGGACAGCAGAACCAGGCUUACAUGCAGCAGGGCCUGUACGGACGCCAAGGCUACCCCGGGGGAGGAGGAGGCUUCGGGGGGAACUACCCUGGAGGUCCUGACUCUAGUCCUGGUGGCAUGGGCAUGCCCCCCCACUCUCGUCCCCCCGGUGACUUCACCCAGCCUGCUGCCGCCGCUGCCGCCGCCGCCGUCGCCGCGGCCGCCGCCACGGCUACCGCCACUGCCACGGCAACCGUUGCCGCCAUGCAGCAGGACACUCAAAACAAGGACAUGAACCAAUAUGGACCGAUGACUUCGUCGUUCCAGAUGGGGCCCAGCCAGGCUUACCAGAACCAGUUCAUGAACCAUGGACCAGGGGGACCAAGGGGCCCUCCAUCCCUCCCAGGGAACAUGGGUCCCGGUCCGGGCAUGAACCCCUCCAACAUGGUCUCCUCCCACAUGGGAAUGAACCAGCCCCGGCCCCAGGGAAUGGUGCCUUUUGGAGGCCACGGGGGCCAGAGAAUUCCCCAGCAGGGAUACCCAGGACCCAGGCCUCAGGGUAUGGGCAUGCAGGGUGUGAAGAGACCCUACCCUGGAGAGCAUAACUACGGAGGCCAGCAGUAUGGUCCAGGACCCAACAGUCAAGGGUUCCCCCAGCAGCAGAGCCAGUACCCCACCCACACCCCCAACCCCUCCAGGCCACUCCCGUCCCCCAACUACCCAGGCCAGAGAAUGCCUGGUGGGCAGCAGAUCCAGGGCCAGUACCCCACUCCUGGAGGGGCCAUGGGACAGUACUACAAGCAAGAGGCUUUCAACGGUCAAACUAACAACUUUCCUGGGAGUGGAUAUCAGUACAGCCAAGGCAAUAUGAAUGGGCCUCCUCGACCGGUGGGUAACUACCCCCACUCCCCAGUGCCUGGCAACCCGACCCCGCCCAUGACCCCAGGAAGUAGUAUCCCUCCCUACAUGUCUCCCAAUCACGACGUCAAGCCCCCCUUCCCUCCAGACAUCAAACAAAAUAUCACUGCUCUUCCUCCUCCUCCAGCCAACCCCAACGAGGAGCUGCGUCUAACCUUCCCGGUGAGGGACGGGGUGGUCCUAGAGCCCUUCAGGCUGGAGCACAACCUGGCCGUCAGUAACCAUGUCUUCCACCUCCGCCCCUCCGUACACCAGACCCUCGUGUGGAGGUCAGAUCUGGAGCUGCAGUUUAAAUGUUACCAUCACGAGGACCGACAAAUGAACACCAACUGGCCCGCCUCUGUGCAGGUCAGUGUUAACGCCACGCCUCUCAACAUCGAGCGCGGCGACAACAAGACGUCCCACAAGCCCCUGCACCUGAAACAAGUCUGCCAACCAGGAAGGAACACCAUCCAGAUCACAGUUACCGCCUGCUGCUGUUCUCACCUGUUUGUACUGCAGCUGGUCCACAGACCGUCUGUCCGCUCCGUCCUGCAAGGCUUACUGAAGAAGAGGCUACUGCCUGCAGAGCACUGCAUCACCAAAGUUAAGAGAAACUUCAGCAGCGUAGCGACGUCCUCUGUGAACACCACUCUGAACGGCGAGGACGGCGUCGAACAGACGGCCAUCAAGGUCUCCCUCAAAUGUCCAAUCACCUUCCGGCGGAUCCAACUUCCCGCCAGAGGUCACGACUGUAAACACGUCCAGUGCUUUGAUUUGGAAUCCUACUUACAGUUGAACUGUGAGCGAGGAACGUGGCGAUGUCCAGUAUGCAAUAAAACAGCAUUAUUAGAGGGACUAGAAGUUGACCAGUACAUGUGGGGGAUUCUAAAUGCCAUCCAAAACUCGGAGUUUGAGGAGGUGACCAUAGACCCUUCGUGUAGUUGGAGACCUGUGGCCAUCAAGACUGAUAUCCACAUCAAGGAGGAUCCAGAUGGACCCAUGGCCAAGAGGUUCAAGACCAUGAGCCCCACCCAGAUGACCCUGCCCAACGUGAUGGAGAUGAUCGCCCUGCUCGGCCCAGGGCCCUCGCCCUACCAGCCCCAACAGGGGGGCAACAACAGCGAAUACGGGAGCCAUGGUAACAAUUACCAGGGCCACAGCGGGGGCUUUGACUUCCCCCAUGGGAACCCCGGUGGUACGACCAUGAACGACUUCAUGCACGGCCCCGCUCUGUCCCACCCGCCAGACAUGGCACAGGACAAACCCCUCUCACACAGCAUGCCUGACUCUAUACCUCAUCCUGCCAACACUAACCAGUCCCACAACUUGUCACAGCAGAGCUUACACGCCCCAUCUCACCCCGGCAGCCAAUCGGGACAGCCGUUGCAUCACAGUGGGCCUCCUCAGCCGUCACGACAACAGGCUCCGCCCCCACAGCAACAACAGCCCGGCCCUAACAAUCAUCCUCAGCAGCACGGCGACCCCUUAGAGGGACUGGGUGGAGGGCUCCCAGAUAUGCCCGAACCUUCCUUGGAUCUCCUUCCGGAGCUGGCUAACCCAGAUGACUUGUUGUCUUACCUGGAUCCUCCAGACCUCCCGAGCAGUAGCAAUGAUGACCUGCUCUCGCUCUUCGAAAACAACUGACUCUGAUUCUAGAUCAGUUCAUAAAAACAUUUAUAGGACUGCCUGGAGUUGGACCUAUUAACCUCUGACCUGAGACCUGCUCCAGUACUUGACAAACACAAAGAUGCACUCCCUUUCUCCUCUUCCUCUUGUACAGUUUGCAUUGAUUCUCCAGCCGACUGACUGACUGACUGACUGACAGACUGACUGACAGACUGACAGACUGACUGAACAAUGUUUUAAAACUCAAAAAAGACAGAGCAGGACAGGGUAGGGCAGUGAGUGACGCCUGCCUCCCUGCUUGUCUGCCUCCCGCUGCAGCGUCCCUCAUGUGACCAUCGAUGAUACCAGCUAUCUGAUAUUCAGUUCAUUUUGUAUGCCACCAGUGUCUGUGUUCACAUUUAGGAAAGUGUUGAUGCGUUUUUUUAAUAUUCAUAUUUUGUUUCCUUUUAAAGAGAGAAAUAAAAAGGAAUUCAUUAAAUAUAUAAGGGAGAAAAAAAGAUAUUGAUAAAACGACAUGUCCUGCACUAUCUGGCCAGUGUGUGUAAUAUCCACGUUAUUAUUUUACCUUAUAAGGGCGUCUCAGCUUCCUGUUGUUCCAAACGUUGUCACGGUUACUGUUCCCGGGACUGGUUACUGCGUAUCACUGUUUGUCUGUCUCUCUGUCUGUCACUGCACAUCAUGUGAAAGCACAAGAUAUAACAACACAUACAUCUCAAAGGGAACAAAAAAAACACAUUUAAAGUGAAAUAGCUUUUUCUAACACUAUUACUAAAACGUUUCUGAGAAAUGUCAGAUUUUUUGGAAUGUUCAACAGCUCCCACUUUAGUUUCAACAACAACAACAA